AGAGUAAAUUGAGUGUAUAACAAAUCUUAGCUAUACAAGGUUUUUGUUCAAGUUUUCGUUUGGAAAAAGGUGCCCAUCUUCAUCGGUGUUUACCCUUCUGUGCCUACAUUUAUAUGAAAUGUCAUCCACGUAUACACUAGACGAUACUUUUUUCAACUCUAUUCCUUCGAGCAAGAUAUUAAAUCGACAGUGUAAACUUGUCACAGAUGAUUAUUGAAGCUCUAUUUAUAAUGGUUUGUUUGCUAAGAACAAAUUUUGGCAAUCAGCAAAUAUUACUAAUGUCUAAUGCGAUUUAACAGUUCGAAUGACUACAUCUGUAGAGACAGUAGCCUGCUUCAUUGUUAUGGCGUGCAUCGCCGAUUGGAUUUUGUAAAUUAUGCGAGCGCUGUAAUGCGAUUCGUCCGCGUGUUCUCCAAGUGGUUUACUUGUGUAGCAUGAUUUAAAUAAGGUUUGCCGCCUCUUCUAAAGAGAGCCGUUUCCGUUUUACGUACGAGAGAUGCCGAUCCAUGUCAUGCCGCCAGUGAUACUGGCCUCAAUGUAGUGCUUUCCACGUUCGUGUUCCUUAACGUAACGUUGCUGGUUUCGCCGUUUGAGAGGCGGCCCGGCUGCGAAAGAACUAGCAAAUCUUGUGGAUAGCCAGCCCAUCGCAUCGGGCAAACGUUUUUGGAUGCAAACACUGUGCAUGUGACUCACAACAGCCAGGAUCACUGGUGUUAAAAUGGGCAAAAGAAGUAGACUUUUCGAAAGCCCAGCGAAGCCGAAGUAUGAACAAUACAAACCUCUCGAGAGGCGAGAGCCACCGAGGUUGGAUCCGGUGCCGGUACGAUCGUUCAGUCAUGAAAAGCUUUCAAGCGUCGUUGAUAUUGAUGUGGAGACAAUUAAGAUGACAAAUUAUUCUGAUACUGUAAAGAAACUAGAUGCAUUUUACAAUCAAGUUAAAAAACAGAUUCUCCGAUACCAAAGUGCUACGACGGGUCUCUUCCCAAAACAUUCUUCAGAGAAUGUGGCUCACAUCCAGGACACGUUGUAUUGUUCCAUCUGUGUGUGGGCAUUGUAUCAAUCAUACCGCCGAAUCGAUGAUGACCGGGGGAAGACAUAUGAAUUGGGGCAGAGUGUGGUUAAGUCAAUGCGUGGGAUCCUGUUUGGUUGGAUGCGGCAGAGUCAGGCAAAGAUGGAAGCAUUUAAGUCAAAGCAAUGCCCCGAAUUUGCUCUGCACUCAGUUUUUGAUGCGAAAACAGGAAAGCCUAUAUUAGCCGACAAAGAUUACGGGCACCUACAGCUGAACAAUACAGCUCUCUACUUGCUUUAUAUCGUGCAGAUGAUCUCGUCAGGUUUGCAAAUUAUUUAUACUAUGGAUGAGGUUAACUUUCUACAGAACCUGGUGUACUACGUUGAGCGAGCUUAUCGUACACCUGAUUUUGGAAUAUGGGAGCGAGGUUCGAAGUACAACAAUGGAACGCCUGAGAUUCACGCAUCGUCAAUUGGUAUGGCUAAGGCAGCUUUGGAAGCGAUCAAUGGUUUUAAUGUUUUCGGCGACAAAGGAGCCGAACGGAGUGUGAUUUACGUAGAUAUUGAUGCCCAUAAUCGUAACCGGACGAUCUUUGAAACGCUUCUCCCCAGAGAAUCCAGCUCGAAGAAUACGGACAUCAGCCUCCUUCUAGCUACCAGCUUUCCAUGCUUUGCCACACACGAUGAAUAUCUCUACUCUCGUACUAAGGACAAGAUUAUUCGACGGCUCGAAGGACCUUACGGUUUUAAAAGGUUCCUUCGCGACGGCUAUGGCUGCGUCCUUGAGGAUCCGGCAAAAAAGUUUUACGACCAAGGAGAAACUAAGCUGUUUGAUCAUAUUGAGUGUGAAUGGCCACUCGGGUACAUUCUCCUGAUUCUCGACGGAAUUUUCAAAAAUAAUGAGGAACAGGUCAACCGGUAUUGCGAAUUGCUUGAGAAAAGGAUAAUACGAGAUGAGGAUAACUUAGUUGUAAUCCCGAAAUACUACUAUGUACUAGCAACGCUGCUCGAUUUAGAAAAAGAACAUCCAGGUCAAUCGCAUCGAGCAGCGUCCAAGGAAGGUACACCAGAAAAUUUAUUCCUCGCGGGCCAGGCCUUUUAUAUCAUCUCGCAGUUACUUAUUACUAAGAUGCUGCAUAUCAACGAGCUUGACCCUAUUAGACGCUACCUACCCAGUUUUAAUCGACCGAGAAGGACCGAUCGAUACUCUGCAUUUCAAGGAAAAGCGUGCGCCGAUUUGGUCGUUCAAGUGGUGUUAAUCGCGGAAAGCCAACGACUUCAAGCAAUGAUGGCCACCUACGGAAUUCAAACGCAGACGCCUCAUGAAGUCGAGCCAGUUCAGAUCUGGUCACCCACUGAACUGGUGAAAGUAUACGAACAUCUUGGUUUUAAUCAGAAACUGGGUUUAAAAGGCCGCCCACCUAGGCCAAUUGGUGCCCUCGGCACAAGUAAGCUUUACAAAAUCAAGGGCAACACGGUCAUGUGCUAUCCACUGAUAUUCGAAGUAUCCGACUUCUACCUUAGCUACGAUAUGGCAUUGCUCAUCGAUGAUAUAAAGAACGAAUUACACUUCGUUGGUAAGUACUGGCGAAUGUCUGGCCGCCCCACAAUGGCCAUUCUUAUCCGCGAAGAAAAUAUGCGCGAUUCGCAUUUCCGCCAAUUACUCGAACUUCUCGCCAUGUUGAAGUCCGGUAACUGUUACGGCCUAAAGGUACGUCUCGGCAGACUUCAAAAUUUGAUGAAUUCGGCCUGCAUUGAGCACCUUGACUUUCUUGAUCUGGUACCUGAUGAACUGGCACCAAAGCUGCAGUGCCUUCAACAGUUCGAAAAUCCGCAUACUGGAUACACGAGCUUGACGGAUAUUCCAACCGUACUCGAGUACGACGAGCCUCUGAAAAAUUACUCGGAAUAUACCAAGCGAUCGACAGAAGAAAUUGUUGAAGCUCUACGCCAUGUCGAUACAUUGUAUGGUCAGAGCCAGCUCCUCGGCGUCUUGUGGCAGCGUUGCGGAGUCCAUUAUAACAUUGACGGAGCAAACCUCGAAGAUCGUAUGGAAAGGCUAACCCGACAGGCAGGUGCGCUCCGGCAUUGGACUGUUCUGCGCUAUUGCUCGAGUCUUUUGGGGAAACUCGCUGAUUCUUUAAGUCCGUACAUCACUUCUAUUCUCGUUAGCGGAAAGCAGCUAACUGUUGGUGUUUUCGGGAAAUCUGAAUAUGUUAUAGAUCACCCCCUUACGCCACAGCAAGUUCAGCAGCUUAUUUACAGCCAGUGCCUAGACUAUCCAUAUCAUGCUGUGUUGAUGCAAGAAAUUCUUGUUUAUUGCGGGAAGUUAAUACAAACGACGCCGAAAUUGUUCAACGGAAUCCUUAAGAUUCGAGUGGGCUGGAUGAUCCAUGCACUACAGUUGUAUAUGAAGUUUUCGGAUAAUAAACAAGCACUCGAGUCACUUUCGCCAUCAGAACUUCGACGAGUUGUUCUAAAGGUGCUGGAUGUUAAGGACUCCAACUUUACGCAGCACCAAAUACGUCAAAUCGAGGGAGCCCUAUGCAGAGUGCCUGACUACUUCUUCGACAGAGUAUGGGACAUCCUGACGAGGGUUCCGGAUGGCAUCGUAAUCUGCGGUCAGCAUCUGCCACAACAGCCAACCCUCUCUGAACUAACGGUUUAUGAAUUAAGCUUUGCUCUCAAGAUUGAGCUUCUGCUCAGCCGAGUUUCCUUCCCAGAGUAUCGUCAUCUCAUGGUUGAACUCCUCAUGGUGAUUGAUGUUAUCUUACGACGAAAUCAUGAAUUUUCCUUCACCGCACGAGUUGACCUUGAUGAGCUGAUCCGUGAGGCAUUUGCUUUGUUUCAAAUGGACCGCGGCACCCCACCUGGUGAAGCGCAAUUGCAAGGCUCGCCACGCAGACGCAAAAGCCGUGAAGAAAUGUCAGCGUUCUAUGCCGUUUCCAAUUCGGUCUCCACGUGCUAUCUUUCCCGCGCGGUCGUUUCCAAGCUUUUGUCUGCCGAUUGUGCCAAGAAAGAGGCCGACGUCAUGAACCACUGCCACAUGCAAUAGGCAAAACGCAAUUAAAACAGAAGAGAAAAUGCCUAAAAACCUGUCAGGUGGCGUAGAUGUAGUGAAAUCAGCAGACUUCAUUAGGAUUCGGCCAUCCUGCCGGCUUCGCUUAGUAUUCCUAAAUUACGAAGCAAAAUCUGCAUCAACCUCGAAGAACUGGCACAAAUUCAUACACGUAUGAAUUUGCUCGGAAAUCAUCAUGAGUGGCGUCAAUAUAGCGCUUUGUUUAUCCACCUGUUAUUUAGCAGCAACCCAAGAUACCGAAAAACAAACUUAUAAAAUAUAUUAGCUCAGCUAAAAUGUAUCGACCUUGUGAAGAGAUGAAAUAUUCUGUACAACUUUUAUAAACAACGAAAUGUUACUUGUAUGCUAAA